CCCCAAAGUGAAAGGGAUUAAUUUUGGAAUCUUAAACCCUCCUUCGCCUAUAUUAUACUAUUAUUAUGUGUAUAUUGUUGGGUUGAUUUCAUAUACUUAGAGAUGCAGAUUGUUCGGCGACUCUCUAUAAAUCUCUCCAAAAGAGUUGUUGAUGGUGCUUCAAAUUCAGUUCGUGGGAAAUCAUUUGCUGCUUCCACUGUUCCGUCUGAUUUAGCGGCAGUUAAAAGGCAACGCAAAAGGGUAUCAAAGGAUGAAAGGAAAGCAAUGGUGGAAGCUUUUGUUAACAAAUAUAAAGCCAUGAAUAGUGGAAAGUUUCCACCUACUAAGGAGGCAAUGAAAGAAGUUGGUGGCUCGUAUUACACUAUCAGGAAGCUUGUACAAGAACUGCUGUACAAUUCUAAAAUGCCAGUUGAACAUAAAGUCACUGUGGUUAAAGAAGCUUCCGCGGGAGAAGCUGCAACUAGGAAGGACAAAUUACUGACCAAAGUUGAAGAGACUUUAAGCAGUGCAACAGCUCUCAAACAUGGAGAAUGUGAAGAUGGUCAGUUAACAAAUGGGAUUUUAUUGGAAAAAGAAUUCACUCAGAAUAGGAAGCCCUCACCUGAACUCAAAGAAAUCCUAAGUGAUAGACGAACAGUUGAUGUAAGCAUAUCUCAAGAAGCUCAACCAUUAACGAUAGGUGGGGAUAUUAAUAGCAACCAUGAGGCAGCGGCAAAGCCACAAACUCCAAUUGCAGUGGAGACUUCAAGAACUUCUGGAAGUGAUAAUAAAGAUGCUGCUGCACAAGUUCUUGAACCAGAGUUAGAAACCUUUUCACAUUCUGAGGAACUUGAGACUAACAUAAAACAGGUCUCCACUACGGAAACUUUCAGAUUUGAUGGCCUGAAGCAGAUGGAUGAGCAAAAACAUUCACCUGAAUUGGAAAAGCCCACAAGGGAAAUAUCCAAUGAGCAAAAAUCUGAGACACAAGCUGAAAGCAAAUCAUCCAUGUGGAAAAAUCUGAAGUCUCUUGCAGCUGGAAUCCUCAACAUGUGGAGGAAACAGUAAAUUAGUGCCCAGAGUUAGCUUCCAGAACAAGGUGUAGAUGGACAGAAAUUAAGUCUGACUUGAGAAAUCUUACUGUAUGUUAUGCAGCCAAAUCUAUACGAUGUAAUCAUUUAAUUUUUAGUAAAUGAUCAAUGGUGAGAGAAUCUGAUGAUGGGUUGUAGUCUUGAAAUAGUUGUUUUCCCUUUUCAAGGUAGGAGCCUCUUGGUAGGACAGAAUUGCUGUAGUAGGUGAGCGCAAAUGUUAUACUUACAUAGGUGAUGGUGUAAAACUAUCCUCAAUGAGGAGAUGCAUGCUCAUGUAAAUACUGAUAGCUUGUUUGGCCAAGCUUUUUCAAGACCAAAAGAAAGUGCUUUUGAGUA